AGGGAGAGAUCCAUGUGACGACUUCGUGGACCAAUCAGCGCUCAGCUUUCGCAUGCCCCUUCACAGGUUUGGACUAUUUAAUUCCUUUCGUUUCCGUCAUCUUCUCGCACAACGAAAUUACCAGCUGAUUCGGGUAUACUAUCUCCAUACGGAUCCAUUUCCAUUAUCGCCUCCACUUAAUCCCUGCCUCUAACCUUAUAAUUUCGAGUUUUUGGUUCGGUAAUGGCGUCUGAAGAGCAGCUAGUGGCGGUCGAGGCAGCUGCCGCCGAUCCGGUCUCGGUCGAACCGGCGGAGGAAAAUCCGGCUCCCAAGGCCGGGAAGGCGAAGAAAGAGCCGAAGGCGAAGAAACCGGCUGCUCCGAGAAAGCCUAGAAAUCCCCCUGCUCAUCCUCCGUACAUAGAGAUGAUUACAGAGGCGAUUGUGGUGUUGAAAGAGAAGACAGGGUCCAGCCAGUACGCGAUCACGAAGUUCAUUGAGGAAAAGCAGAAGCACUUGCCUCCCAACUUCAAGAAGCUCCUGUUAUUUCAUUUGAAGAAGCUCGUGGCUGCCGGAAAACUCGUGAAGGUGAAAGGAUCAUUUAAGCUUCCGGCUGCUCGGUCACCGGCGGUGAAGCCAGCAGUUACUGGUGCGGCGAAGAAGAAGCCGGCAGUAGCAACAAAAGCAAAGUCUGCAAAGGCAUCGAAAGAGACAAAGGCGAAGGCUCCAGCCAAAACAAAGAAGGCCAAAGCUGCUGCGAAGCCCAAGCCGGCUGCAAAGUCAAAGUCGAAGCCGGCUGCCAAGCCCAAAGCUGCCCCUGCUAAGACAAAAGCUGCUGCAAAACCAAAACCUGCAGCAAAGCCAAAAGCGGUGGCAAAGCCAAAGGCAAAGCCAAAGGAGAAGCCGGCUAAAGCAUCGAGAACCUCAGCCAGGACUUCGCCGGGAAAGAAAGUUGCAGCUCCGAAGCCUGCUGCAAAGAAAGCACCGGCUAAGGCAGCUUCUUCAAAGAGCGCGAAGCCCAAGAGUGUGAAAUCUCCGGCCAAAAAAGCGACAACGGCAAAAAAAGCAUCGGCAAAGAAAGGGAAGAAGUGAGGGAACGGCGUUUGUAGGGGUAGCUUCUGUAAAUUUGCUGAUCUUUGUGGUUGUAUUUGGAGUUAUUUGCCCAUAGAAAAAGAUAUAACAUGGGAUUUUACUUAAAUCUUUUUUGAGUUCCUGUUCUAUUUUCUCCUUGUUUAGUGAUUGAAACAAUGUUAGAUGUACUGUUCAGUUCAGCGGAUUUCCAGAUGAAAUAGAACUGAUGUACUCAUUGAGCAUAUCUUAGCAAUCUCCUCGACUCUAUUGUUAACCGAAUGAGAAUUCUUCUUUUAUUUGCAAA